AUGUUCAAGAAAGCCGUAAAAGACCACCCAGGAGGGGAGACCAAACCUCUUCAGUCCAACUUCCUACGCGCGAACUCGGUCAUCCCAUCCAAAUCCGCACAACCACAGUCAGUCGGUGUAAAGCGGAAAAUUGAGAUGACGAGUGGGGGAGAGUCGACAUUAGGAUCCCUCCAUAGCACGGUCUACUUUGACGAAAAUGACUUCGACGAUGACUUGGACCUCGACAUUGAUGAACCUAUACCGUUGAAUCUCUCGAGCGCAUCGAGCAGCACCAAAGCCCCGAGGCCCGACCUUGUCACGUACCCAACCAUCGAUCUGACGUCGGACAAUACGAACCAAUUGAAUGCCACUGAAGCCGGCAGGACCCCGGCGGAUGUCGCCUAUCCGGAGCUGCCACCUGGAUCGCAGGAGAAAAAUGCGCCAGCAAGCAGUAUUCAGUACCCAUGGUCUUCUUCUCCUCCCUCCCAUUUCCAGCCGCCGCCCGAACCACGCACGUUGCCGUGGCUCAAAGAAGCCAAGAAAGAGCCAAGUCAAGACAGAAAGAGCAGCUUAAUAACCCCAAAGCGCUCAAGACCAGCUGAGCCUUGGAAUAAGAGUGCAAGCGCUAUCAAAGAAGAACAGAAGGAACUUAGGCGAGAAUAUAAGAAGACUCAAAAAGUUGAUGCCGUUCCCAAGCAGAAAGACAACGCGAAAGUUGCCACUGUUUUCCUCAGUGAUGAACAAAAGCAUGUGCUGGAUGCUGUUGUUGAUCAGGGAAAGAGUAUAUUUUUCACCGGUUCAGCAGGUACUGGUAAAUCAGUCCUUAUGAGGGAGAUUAUCAAAAAGCUUCGCAACAAAUUCAAACGGGAGCCAGAUCGUGUGGCCGUCACAGCAUCAACAGGCCUGGCUGCCUGCAACAUAGAAGGUGUUACGCUUCACAGCUUUGCUGGUAUUGGACUUGGUAAAGAGGAUGUCCCUAUGCUGGUUAAAAAGAUAAAAAAAAACCAGAAGGCACGGAAUCGCUGGCUGCGCACGAAAGUUCUCGUGGUUGACGAAGUCUCCAUGGUCGAUGGCGAUUUGUUUGAUAAGCUUGAGGAGAUUGCACGGCGCAUCCGGAAUAAUGGGCGCGCAUUUGGAGGCAUCCAGCUUGUUGUUACAGGCGACUUUUUCCAAUUACCUCCGGUGCCGGAAGGAAGCAACCGCGAAGCAAAAUUUGCGUUCGCCGCGGCCACGUGGAAUACUUCAAUCCAACACACUAUUCUCCUGACACACGUAUUUCGUCAGCGAGACCCUGAAUUUGCGGCAAUGCUCAAUGAAAUGAGAUUGGGUAAAAUCAGCCCGCAGACCGUUGACGCUUUCCGGAAGCUCUCUCGACCCCUCGACUUCCACGAUGCCCUCGAGGCAACUGAGCUGUUUCCUACACGCUUCGAGGUUGAAAAUGCCAACUCUGCACGAAUGAGUCGAUUGUCUGGGGAAAUGAUGACAUUCAAUGCGAUUGAUUCUGGAACCAUACAGGAUGCCCAACACCGAGAGAAGCUCCUAUCUAAUUGCAUGGCGCCGCAAACCAUCCACCUCAAGAAAGGGGCCCAGGUGAUGUUAAUCAAGAACAUGGAGGACACACUGGUUAAUGGGUCUAUUGGACGCGUAGUCGCGUUUAUGGAUGAAGCAACCUUUGACUACUAUCGAGACAAUGAAGGAGAUUUUGCCGGUGAUGGUAACGGUGACGAUGAAGAUGCCGCUUUGCGCGCGCGUAAAAAGCUGAAGCCCAUGGGCCACAAGGAAGGUAGUGUCACAGUGACACGAAAAUGGCCAUUGGUGUGCUUCGUCCAGCCCGAUGGCACAGAAAGACAUUUACUUUGCCAACCGGAAGCUUGGAAGAUUGAGCUUCCCAACGGCGAGGUCCAAGCCCAGCGUCAACAAGUUCCCUUGAUUUUGGCGUGGGCACUGUCAAUUCACAAGGCCCAAGGUCAAACACUUCAAAGAGUGAAGGUUGACCUUGGACGGGUCUUUGAGAAGGGACAAGCCUAUGUGGCCUUGAGUCGAGCUACCUCACAGGCCGGAUUACAGGUUACUCGGUUUGAGCCUCGAAAGGUCAUGGUCCACCCUCGAGUGACCGAAUUUUACUCCAACCUGGUAUCCAUCAAUCAAGUCAUUAAGCCCAAGACUGCUGGUUCUUCGGGUAUUGUCGACGACUUCGAAGAGGACUGCUUUGACGCUAUAUAG